UACAAAAUCCCCCAAUCUAGAAGCGGAAAAUACAAAGAGAAGAAAGGCUGGUGGCUGGCUGUGCGGUUUACUCACGAGCUAUGACGGGUAGUUAGAGCUGCCCGGCUCUUUUCACCCUCCCAAAGCCCUCCUAUAUAUUUAGAGAAACCUCCCCUUCCUUACCCAAACAGCCACAUCGCAUCACGCGCUUCUCCACUAACCUUUCUUUGUAAGAAAACACUCAUUUAACGCAUACCCUUUAAAGCAGGGGAACGUUUCAGAGUCAUCCACAAUAAUGGCUCCUUCGACUCUCACGGCUCUUGCAGAAGAGAAAACCUUACAGGCAAGCUUUGUUCGUGAUGAAGAUGAGCGUCCUAAGGUUGCUUACAACCAAUUCAGCAAUGAAAUCCCUGUGAUCUCUCUUGCUGGUAUCGAUGAUGUUGAUGGCAAGAGGGCUGAGAUAUGCAAGAAAAUUGUUGAGGCUUGUGAGGAUUGGGGCGUAUUCCAGGUUAUUGAUCAUAGUGUUGAUACCAAACUCAUUUCCGAGAUGACCCGUCUUGCCAGAGAGUUUUUUGCUUUGCCUGCUGAAGAGAAACUUCGGUUCGAUAUGUCUGGUGGCAAGAAGGGUGGUUUCAUCGUCUCCAGUCACCUUCAGGGGGAAGCAGUGCAAGACUGGCGCGAGAUUGUGACAUACUUUUCCUACCCACUUAAGACCCGGGACUAUUCAAGGUGGCCCGAUAAGCCAGAGGGUUGGAUUGAAGUGACAAAGGAAUACAGUGAGAACCUGAUGGGCCUAGCCUGCAAGCUUCUUGAAGUGCUGUCAGAGGCCAUGGGCUUAGAGAAGGAGGCUUUGACUAAGGCUUGUGUGGACAUGGAUCAGAAAGUGGUGGUUAAUUUCUACCCUAAAUGUCCACAACCUGACCUCACUCUCGGAUUGAAGCGCCACACUGACCCAGGGACCAUCACACUGUUGCUUCAGGACCAAGUUGGUGGGCUUCAGGCCACCAGGGAUAACGGCAAGACCUGGAUCACUGUUCAACCUGUUGAAGGAGCCUUUGUAGUCAACCUUGGAGAUCAUGGCCAUUAUCUGAGCAAUGGAAGGUUCAAGAACGCUGACCACCAAGCUGUGGUGAACUCAGAUUGCAGCAGAUUGUCAAUAGCCACAUUCCAAAACCCAGCACCCGACGCAACAGUGUAUCCACUCAAGAUCAGAGAGGGGGAAGAACCAAUUCUUGAGGAGCCCAUCACAUUUGCUGAGAUGUACAGGAGGAAGAUGAGCAAGGAUCUUGAGCUUGCCAGGCUAAAGAAGCUGGCCAAGGAGCAGCAACAGUUGCAAGAGGUGGAGAAGUCCAAACUCGAAGCCAAGCCCCUGGAGCAAAUUCUUGCAUAAACUUUAUUGUACUGAUUGUGUUACCACUGUUUUCUUUUCAUCGUGCUUGAUAAUUUAAUGCUUUUGUACUUUUCUUAUUGCGGUGUCCGUUUAAUUUGUUAUAGCAAUGUGCUGGGGCGAGUCAUGUGCCCACGUUCGAUGCCUGUUUUCUAUACUCAAGUAUCAGUGAUGGACGAAAAAUAAAUUGCCACUGUGUCGCUUCUUAGCACUUAGCAGCCUAUAGUCUUUUGUUU